CGCCGCACCACGUGAGCGCGGGGCGGGGCUCCGGCCGGCUCGGAUUGCGCGCGCCGCGGAGGUGGCGGAUCACAGGGCGCAGGACUGCUCGCGGGCUCUGCCGGAAGGAGCGCCAGGCUGCGUGGCCCCGUGACGGAGGCCGUGGGCGCCCGGAGCGUGGACACAGCGCCCUCCCCGCCGUGAGGACCACAGCAGGACCCAUGGCAGCCAGAUUCCGGCCCAGCGACCCCCACUCCAGUGCUGCCAGCAGCGGGGCCGCGGCCCAGGGGCAGUGGGGCCGCGCCUGGGAGGUGGACUGGUUCUCGCUGGCCAGCGUCCUGUUCCUGCUGCUGUUCGCGCCCUUCAUCGUGUACUUCUUCAUCAUGGCGUGCGACCAGUACGCCUGCUCGCUCUCCGCGCCGGUGUGGGACCUGGCCGCCGGCCGUGUGCGCCUCUCCGACAUCUGGGCCAAGACGCCGGGCCUGACCAGGGAGGCCGCGCAGAUCUACGCCCUGUGGGUCUCCUUCCAGGUGCUCCUGUACGUGGCGCUGCCUGACCUGUGCCACAAGGUCCUGCCCGGCUACGUGGGCGGCGUCCAGGAGGGCGCCGUGACUCCCGCAGGGACCAUCAACAAGUAUGAGAUCAACGGCCUGCAGGCCUGGAUCAUCACCCACCUGCUCUGGCUCGCCAACGCCUGCUAUCUGUCCUGGUUCCCGCCCACCGUCAUCUUCGACAACUGGAUCCCACUGCUGUGGUGCGCCAACAUCCUGGGCUACGCCGUGUCCACCUUCGCCAUGGUCAAGGGCUACCUGUUCCCCACCAACGCCCGCGACUGCAAGUUCACCGGCAACUUCUUCUACAACUACAUGAUGGGCAUCGAGUUCAACCCCCGCAUCGGGAAGUGGUUCGACUUCAAGCUCUUCUUCAAUGGGCGCCCGGGCAUCGUGGCCUGGACCCUCAUCAACCUGUCCUUCGCCGCCAAGCAGCGGGAGCUGCACGGCCACGUGACCAACUCCAUGCUCCUGGUCAACGUGCUGCAGGCCAUCUACGUGCUGGACUUCUUCUGGAACGAGGCCUGGUACCUGAAGACCAUCGACAUCUGCCACGACCACUUCGGCUGGUACCUGGGCUGGGGCGACUGCGUGUGGCUGCCCUACCUGUACACGCUGCAGGGCCUGUACCUGGUGUACCACCCGGUGCAGCUGGCGGCCCCGCACGCGGGGGGCGUGCUGCUGCUGGGCCUGCUGGGCUACUACGUGUUCCGCGUGGCCAACCACCAGAAGGACCUGUUCCGCCGCUCAGACGGCCGCUGCCGCAUCUGGGGCCGCAAGCCGCGCGCCAUCGCCUGCGUGUACACCUCGGCCGACGGGCAGCGGCACCACAGCAAGCUGCUGGCCUCCGGCUUCUGGGGCCUGGCCCGCCACUUCAACUACACGGGCGACCUGCUGGGCAGCCUGGCCUACUGCCUGGCCUGCGGCGGCGGCCACCUGCUGCCCUACUUCUACGCCCUCUACAUGGCUGUGCUGCUCACCCACCGCUGCCUGCGGGACGAGCACCGCUGCGCCAGCAAGUACGGCGGGGACUGGGCGCGCUACACGGCCGCCGUGCCCUACCGCCUGCUGCCCGGCGUGUUCUAGGCGCCUCCCGGGCCGCCCAGCGCCCGGGGGCCUCGGAGCCGGAUGCGGUGACUCCCUCCUCCGGCCGGAGCCGUCUCCGUCUGCACACUGCCGGCGCUGGCACAGCCGGGCACAGGGUCAGGGAUCGUGGGGUCCAGCGCACGCGGCCCGCCGUCCUCCGUGCCAGUCCGAGGCGGAGGUGACCGCGCCGCCCCCGCUCCUGCGCGGGCCUUGGCGGGGACGGGCGGCUCCUGCUGGUUAUGGGGAGGGCCCGCCCGGACCCUGACCCUGCUUCGCCCCGGUCGCCUGCCCGGCUGCUCCUCUGCGUCUGGUGCAGCCAACGCGGCGCAGACGGGGUCACCCUGAGGAGGGGCUCCGGCCAGGGCGCCUUGGUCCCCUGUGGCCUCCGCCUGCCAGGGCGGGUGACGCGGAGCCCAGACCCGACGUGAGGUCCAGUCCAGCCGAGGCUCCUGGUGCCCGAUGCCCACGGCGCCCGCUCGCCCGGAACUGGCUCAGGCAACCCAUGGAGGCGCCCACCUCGCGGGGCCUCCCCCUCUCAGGGGGCACCCCCUCUCACCCUGGGUAUUCUUGAAACUCAGCGGCACUGCCCGAGUAGGUAACGAGUUCUUUAUAGUAAACUUUCCAGGUCA